GAGAUAGUAUCGUGAUGAUAAUCGGGUGAAAAAGUUGCCCAAUGAAAUAAGGAUCGAGCGUGAAAACUGGUUGUAUGGCAUGUGUUCCGAAAAACCGCGGUCUUCGUUGGCAAUGGCACCCGUUCACAGCUGUGUCGGCGGCGCGCGCAUCUCAUUCGACUCGUUCCGCGACAGCAGAAAUCAAGAUGGCGCUCCUCUGUUUGCGGAUAGUUCUGCGACGGAUAUAAAUACGUGAAAAAAACAGUGCGAGAAACGGUUAGAGAAUAUCGAGUAGAGUGUGACGAUUGGUAUACGCGUAUGAUAUUGUGACAGUCCAUUGGUAACGCGUCGCGAUAAUUGUAAAGCACGGUAGCCGGGUAAGCCGCUGCGGUAUUUCGAACAUCGGCGAAGGUGAUGUCGGUGCCCACCUGAGGAAUGCCAGAUUAUCCUCGCUACGGCAACUCGCUCGGCAGGGGGAUGCUAAUCGCGUGACGGAUCGCGUGCAAGUUGAUCGAAAGUGUUUCGUAGGUGGUCCCCCGGAAAGGUGUACGGUCGUGUUUGUUCCGUGACGUAUGUGUGUCGCGGAGGGCUGUAAGACAGGUCGGUCGCGAGUGUCGUCGUCGUCGUCACCGUCGUCGCCGUCGUCGCUAUCGUCGUCGUGGUCGGCUUCGUGUUCGUGUUUAGUGUGCCGCGAGUGGCGUUUUUCGCGGCUUCGAUGUGCUCUCGUCCUCCCCUGGAUUUCUGGACAGGCGAGAUCAGCUGCUGCUGGAACAACUAGUCCGGCAGCUUCGGCAGACGAUCCUCUUCUACAGGAGCGGUGGGGCAAGGAGGUGCCGGAAGCAGCCGCGAGUCCGGAAGCAUAACGAAGAAGAUGGCCUUCAACGAGAAGGUGGACCCCGAGCUGAUAUUCACGAAACAAGAACGAAUCGGGAAGGGUAGUUUCGGCGAGGUGUUCAAAGGCAUCGACAAUAGGUCUCAGCAGGUUGUCGCCAUCAAGAUCAUCGAUCUCGAGGAGGCGGAGGAUGAAAUCGAGGAUAUCCAGCAGGAGAUCAUGGUGCUGUCUCAGUGCGACAGCCCGUACGUCACCAAGUAUUACGGGUCCUAUCUCAAGGGAACGAAACUAUGGAUUAUCAUGGAGUACUUGGGUGGCGGCUCAGCCCUGGACUUGAUGAAGGCCGGUAACUUCGAGGAAAUGCACAUCGCGGUGAUAUUGCGCGAGGUGCUGAAAGGGCUGGAUUAUCUUCACAGCGAACGGAAGCUUCAUCGCGAUAUUAAAGCCGCAAACGUUUUAUUGAGCGAAAUGGGCGACGUUAAAUUAGCCGACUUCGGUGUGGCCGGACAGCUGACCAACACGACCAGCAAACGGAACACUUUUGUCGGCACGCCGUUCUGGAUGGCACCGGAAGUCAUCAAGCAGGCCUCCUACGAUUCCAAGGCUGACAUUUGGUCGCUGGGCAUCACCGCGAUCGAGUUGGCCAAGGGAGAACCGCCGAACAGCGAGCUACAUCCCAUGAGGGUACUGUUUCUCAUACCCAAGAACAAUCCGCCCCAGCUAACCGGAAAUUAUACGAAGCAAUUCAAGGAAUUCGUCGAGGCCUGCCUGAACAAGGACCCCGAAAACAGGCCAACGGCGAAAGAACUGCUAAAGUUCCAGUUCAUCAGGAAGGCGAAGAAAAACUCGUACCUGAUCGACCUCAUAGACCGAUACAAGAAGUGGAAGUCGCAACGCAGCGAGGAAUCCGAAACGGAGAGCGAAAAUUCGGACUCGGAGGAGUCGAAGCAAGACAGCGACAUGGACGAACCAUGGAUAAUGACCGUAAAAGGACCGCACGGGAUGAAAGGUCCCGUGAUGCCUAUGCUACCGCUGGAUGAGCAGCCAACCUCGUUGACCCUCACACACACGCCGAAUCACAGAUCCACGAAUCACAAUCAGCAAACGAAGCCGCACGCGAACGGUGCCUCGAGAUCUCCGCCAAAGGAUUCCACGUUGAAUCAUUACAGGAGCGAGUCGAGGGACUCGGUACGCGAUGGCCAAGCGAAGCAUACGCCGUCCCGACCGCACGAGGCUGCGCCACCGCCGCCCGUGGACACGCGAGAGAAACGAGAGGACCGAGAUUACCGGGACUUCAAUCGGGAUUCCUCGUUGAGGGAAUUGAAGGAGAUGCGUGAUAGCAGAGAUAGCAGAGACAGGGAACGGGACAGAGAAGGGCGAGAGAGGGACAGAGAGAGGGAAAGGGAGUUCAGCGCGAAGGAGAAGAGGAACAGUAAACCAGACGUACCUGUCGUACCUAUGGUGGACCAUAGGCCCGGUGAAGACAAACAGAGAAGGAGCUCGCAGGAAUUAAAGCAUCCGCGAAGCGCAGCUCUUUCCGGUGUUGUUUUACCUCUCCUUUCCGAGCUUCAACGGAAGCAUCAAUAUUCGGCAAGAGACAAUAAUGGCGAGGGCGGAAGCGGCAUUGGCAAGAACGGAGGCGCGAUAGAAGAACUGCGCAAUGCGUUCGAGACUGCGGAACGUACUUCGCCAGGAAUGACCGAGGCCCUUAUCAGGGAACUCCUCAAGUCUUUACUUCCUGCCAAUCACUCGGAAGGUUGUCUGUUUAUGCUGAUGGAAAAAGUGAUCCUAAGGGAUACGUAGGGACGCGAGAGGGCGAGGGUUCGCAAGAGAUUGUGGUCCGAAAACAUCCUGACGUUGUAACGAUUCGUUAUUUCUCGUUUAUCAGAGUUAUUAUUCCGUACGAUGCCGGUAUGUUGUUGACGAUUACCGGAUCCGAACGUGAGAGGAGAGUAGAAGAAGAACGUCGCUGCAACGGCCCGGACAUUUUUCCCUUUCCGUCUGCAGAGACUAGUUUCGACGACAAAGCUCGAUCAAAUUGUAACUUUUAUCCGAUUAUCCCAUCUCCACAUGUCCAAUUCAAACGCGAAGUGCUCGUUAGAUAGUGAGAUGAAAUAUUAUAUAGCGACAUUUUUCCGCGUGAAAUUAACACAUUUUAAGAGCGAUAAAUAUCGACUUUUCCGUUCGAGACAAAGCAGAAGUUAGAGAUUUAUCUACUACAGUAUAAAAAGAAAAAAUAGAAAAAAAAAAAAUGAAAAAAAAAAGAAAAAAAGAAAAUUAUACCAUCCAAUUGCCCUCGCGCGAGGGUGGCAGUUACCGUUAACUCUUAAAAAGAUAUUAGUCCUCACCCCCCUCGUUAAAAGUUAGUAUUUGGAAAAAAUUAAGCGAGAUAAAAAAAAAAGAAAUGGAGCAAGAAAAAUGUAGGAGAUAGUUGAGAAAUAUUUUUGCAAAUCGUGCAACCACCCGUUCAGGAUUCUUUGUACGUUCUUCGUGUUCGGUAUCGACGCAACCAUAAAGAGCGGAUGAUAUAGCGUAGGUACAACCGUGGUUCGAUGGAUGGUGAAAGGGUAUUCGUUGAAGGGAUCUUGCCUCAUUGUAGAUACGUCCGGAACAUGCACUAUCAUCACGAUUUUACUAACCGUUCCGAAUCGCAGCGAAUCCUUCGGGCGAAUUCGCGUUCGGGAAUGGCGCUUUUAGCGGACAGUAAUUCGAAGAUAUUUAUUUUAACCGGAGAGUUCAGUCCAGACAGAGAGUUUAAGGUUAGCGGAAGAAACGAGCUGCCCUUCGAAUGAAUGCCUUCCCGUUGCUUCCCGCGUUAGUGCACGUUUCGGAUUCAGUAAAGAAAAUCGAAAGAAGGGAGUGUGGUGCCUCUAUGCCGGAGGCUUUGUAAAUAUGUAUGUAGCACGAUAAGAUAGUCUUAUUGUUCUAAUGAUCGACGUCUCUGCCAGUCGGUUGCGCAGCUCCGUAACGCGAUCCUGUUUUACCCUGAUAUUUCUAGUACUAUUUUCCGUAAUCAACGCGAAGCUGAGAGAAAAAGAGAGAGAGAGAGAGAGAGAGAGAGUGUGAGAGAGAGUGAGAGAAAACAAGGGUGAAAAAUCAUGCGUUUAUGACUGACGUCCGAAGCGUACCCGGUUCAGGAGAAAUAACGAUGUAAGCGAUAUUCGUCGAGUAGUUCAUGCGAGGUGGUAGCGCGCGAACCACGCGAAAAAUGUGCUUUCUUUUCCUCGAGCUAGAGUUCUUCCACUAGUUUCGCCCGGGUAGAGUUCUUAGUCGAGCCGUUCCACGAUCGAGCCUGAGCUGUGAUAACUUCCGCGGGACGUCGGCACUUAAUCCACGUUGUUUGUAAACUAAUGUAUUUUAUAAAGUAUAUUAUAUAGAAAAAGAAAAAGGGAGGAUGCACGAAGAGAUUCCUCGUAACGAUCGGAUAGAGAAGAGAAGUAUAACAAACGAGAGGCAGUCUUGUUACGCAGGAUGGUCGCAAACGAAACUUUCUGCGGAACGUUCGCGUGCUAUCCUGCAUCGUGGAAGAUUGAAGCGGAGAAAACGCAAGAGGGUGAUAGAGUGCGAGAGAGGGAGAGAGUGAGACAGAGCAAGAGGACGCGCGUGUGUGUGGAAAGAAGAGUGAGUAAGAGAAGAGAGAAAUGAUAUGAGAAAAAAGAAAAACCGAAAAGAAACGAAAAAAAUCUUUAGCAUUGCGCGAAGGUGGAACUAGCGUAAAGUUAUAACGAGAACAUAGUAUUAAUUACCAGGAAGUCGUGCUGAAAACGAGAGGCGACAGAGAGAGACCUAACUAUCGUAAGCCCGCAAUACAAUAUCACGUAGUUGCGUUUUAUUCCAGUCAGCGAGGCGGUCAAUGGGAGAGAGCCGUGAACUCCUACGAUUAUUAUUAUAAUAUUGCCGACGACCACGACAACCACGACAACCACGACGAUCACGACUACGACCACGACCACGACGAACGAGAUAAUUGUUAGUACACCGACACCUCUGAUCUCCGCUCUACCGCACCCCUUUUGUUCUCUCUUUUCCGACUCGUUCU